AAUGAAAAUAGUCCACACCACAAGCCUUCGUAUCUUCGAAGCUUUCUUGCUCCCUUGAAAAAAGUAAACAAAGCGUUUUCAUUUGUGUUCAUUUCUGUUCUCCAGCCAAUUAAAACAAGACGAUGAAGCAAAAAGUGGUGAUCAAAGUCUCCAUGCAUUGCCAAAAAUGCCACUCGAAAGCACUGAAGAUUGUAGUUGGCUCCCCAGGCGUGGAAUCUGCAGCUCUAAAAGGGGCGGACAAGAGCGAGAUCGAGAUAAUAGGAGAUGGGAUGGACGCGGUUGAGCUAGCAACUUCAUUAAAAAAGAAAAUGAAAUAUGCAGAGCUGGUGAGUGUAGGUCCUGCAGGUGGUGGCGAGAAGAAAGAAAAACCAAAAGAAGCGGAAAAACCAAAAGAGGCCAAGCCGGAGGUGCAGGUGCAACCACUGGUUUGGAGUGGUUAUCCAGGUGGCGUGCCUUACUACUACGAUAACCGUGUGGUUUACGCUGAUCCAUAUUACUCCCCUAAUUGCUUCAUCAUGUGAAACAUUUUCAAAGAGAGAUGAUCUAUAGCACGACUUAGAGCACAUUGUCCCUAAAAUUAAAAUUUAUAGGUUGCGAUUAAAUAAGUCUUGGUUGGUAACCGUUCUUUGAAAUAUGCAGAGCUAUUGUCGUUUGAUUUGUCCGAAUUUUCAAUAUGAGUUGAAAUUUUCAGUUUAAUGAUUUGUUUAAGGGGCGAAUAAAAUGGUUGUUUGUUUCCUUAAAA